AUGGGGCUUUGCAUUGAGGGGCUCCUGGUGUGGAAGGACGUGUCCAGCUCCCAGCAGCAGGGUGGGGUCGUAGGGGACCGGAGACUUCAUAAGCCUGCUCAGGGAGUUCCUCAGUCCGGAGCUUGCCACCUGCCCCUGGAUGCCUCUGUCACCAUGUGGUUCCUGGUUCUGUUCCUCGUCCUGUCCCUGUGGGGGACUGCCCCCAGCCGGACCCUCCAGCCCUGCCGGCUCCCCCUCUCUGCAGGUGCUGCGCCCCCCAUCCAGUCUCGGAUCAUAGGGGGCUGGGAGUGCCAGAAGAAUUCCCAUCCCUGGCAGGCGGCCGUGUACCAUCAUGGUUUAGCAGUGUGUGGGGGCGUCCUGGUGCACCCCCAGUGGGUCCUCACUGCUGCCCACUGCUUCAGAAACUUGUCCAAAAGAACCGCUUCCUCUCUGCUCCCUCUUCUCUCUUUUUACCCCUGUGCCCCUGUCCUUCUCGCUUUCUUCCUCUCCUUGGGGACCCUCUUGGGCUCCCCGCCCCUCCUCUCCUCAUUCUCUCCCUCCCUCUAUUUCCCUAGCAAUAUCCGGGUGGCUCUGGGUCGUCACAACCUGGGUGCCGAGGAGGACACAUCCCAGCUGGUCCCCGUCAGCUACGCCUUCCCCCACCCGCUCUACAACGUGAACUACCUGAAGAGCACCGACGAUGACAGGAGCCACGACCUGAUGCUGCUCCGCCUGUCGGAGCCCGCCCGGAUCACCCACGCCGUGAAGGUCCUGGACCUGCCCACCCGGGAGCCAGAAGUGGGGAGCACCUGCCUGGCUUCUGGCUGGGGCAGCAUACAACCGGACAAGUUCUUGAGCCCAGGGACUCUCCAGUGUGUGGACCUCAACCUCAUGCCCAAUGACAUUUGUAGUAAAGCCUAUUCUGAGAAGGUGACAGACACCAUGCUGUGUGCUGGGCGCUGGCAGGGCGGCAAGGACACCUGUGGGGGUGAUUCGGGGGGCCCGCUCAUCUGUAAUGGCAUGCUGCAAGGUCUCACGUCAUGGGGCAGUGACCCCUGUGCCGUGCCCCAACAGCCUGCCCUGUACACCAAGCUGAAGGCUUACCGGAAGUGGAUUGAGGACACCAUGGUGGCCAACCCCUGAGUGCCCCCGCCCCAUCCCUACCCUUAGUAAAAUGGAGUGCUCACCGAGUUCUGGUAUCUUCCCACCUUUCUAGACACAGGGCACCUGGAUGCUCAGAACUCACCUGGCCGAAACUAGAGCCUCCCCAUCACUGCUGACCUGGGUCCUAAGGUGUGGUCAGGGCUGCGAGGAAAAGGAAGAGGCAGACAUAGGUGUCCCCAGUGGUCCUCGGAUGGGUGGGAGUGUCUGUCCUCUGCUCCCCUGAGAACACUGACGGUGUCUGCAGGCAUCUUCUCACACAGCUGCCCGGGGACACACAGAAGGAGGUGGGUGGCUGUGGCACGCGUGUGAUGGAGAGAUGGGGCAGGCUUGGGUCCACCCUUGGAGAAGACCGUGAGGCACUGAGCAAAGUCUGGAAGCACAGGGCACCGGCACACACUCACAGCAGGGUGCCACGAAAACAUCACCUGCUUCAUCCUGGGGCGUCCGGGAGCCUGAGGAAGAUGCGAGCAGAGAAGGGAGGGUCCCCCCGUGUCAUGGAGGACUCACGGGGUGACAAGAGGCCUUGGAAGCUGAUCCAGUAUGGGGGAGGGUGUCCGUGGUCCCCCAGACCACCCUUGGACUCAGCGAUUUUGUAGCAGGACUCAGAACUCAGAAGAGCCACGGUGCUGUGGUGUCCUGUGGUUCUUUACGGUGCAGAAUGCAGAGGAAAUGCUCACCGACUGGAGUGUGGAGGGGACAGGGCAAACCCCAGCUGUCCUCUCCCAGUUGGGUCUUGUGGACAAUGAUGUGUGACAGCACCGACAGAGUAUUUUCAACGAGGAGGGCUCCCCUGGGCCUUCGUAUCCAGCGUUUUUAUUGGCGUCUGUGCAGCAGGCUGGGAGUCCUCACCUGGCUGACCCCACUCACCCCUCCCCAGUCUCUCCAGGGCCAGGCAUUUGCCCCAAAUCACAUUGUUGGCCUGAACCGUCUGGCCUGGUACAAGGCCAGCUCUACUAAGGUCCUCUCAGGCAGAGAAUUCCAAGGCUCCUGGGGUUGUCCCCAGAAAGCCACUCAAGGGAGAGUCCUUGAUUUGGAAGGUGCAGGAACCCAGCACCUUCAGAGUUAGCCUUCCAAGGCAGGGGGUGAGGAAGAGGCGGGAGGAGACAGCCCUGUGCGCGGGUCUGCUCUUGUGACCGAGUGGACCAGGGAGCUCCUGGGGAUGGGGAGUCCAGGGUAGUAGCAGGUUCGAGGGAAGACGGAGCUCGCUGAGGACGCAGUGUGGUCUCAUUUGCUUUCUCCUCACACUGUGAGUGGGUGGGUGGGACUUCCGCCCCAGGAGGAUGGCUGGACACCCGGGAUGGACAAUAGCGCCUUCCUCACAGGUCUUCACAGCCCAGGGAGGAGGACACACACACUGUGCAGGAUCACUUGGGGACUGCACUCAGAGUCAGACAGCGAGAGGGACUGUGGGAGUCAGGCUGUGCAGUGACAAGGGCG